AGUAAAUAUUAAGAAAGAAGAAAAAGAAGAAAACAAAAAUAGCAGGCCACAAGAGGAAGAGGAGGAGACGAGGCGGCGAGAACCAAACCCAAACAAACCGUGAAACCGAUCCACUUGUCAUUUUUUGCCAUUUUGAACCAAUUAGGUGGUGAUGGCGGCCCAGGUGACCCUCAAUGACCUGCUGGCGGCCCACGGGGGUAUUAAUGACGUUAUCAGACAGUUCCACCCGCAGCUGACCGGAGGAGAAGAGGAGGAGGAGGAGGAAGGCAGGGGUGUCAAGAAUGAGGAGGUUGAGGACAAGGUGGCUGGUUUCCUGGAGGCUUUGACGGCACUGCAGGGGGCGAGGGAGGACCUGACACUGGUGGUAGAGAAUGCCAACACAGCUGCACUCACACAGGCAUCCGUGGCACUCACUGACCCACAAAUCGUUGGCCGGCGUGUGGCGUGGUGCGUGGAGGCGGAGCAGCACAUGAGAAGCAUUGUGGAGAACAAGGAUCUUCUGAUCUACCACCUGCAGCAGCCUCUCAUCACCACCUUCCUCACCAUGCACCACCAACACCACAGGUCCCUGGUGAGUCUUCUUGGGUCGCUGUGUGCCUUGAUGACCUCCCUGGAGAGCCACACUGACCUGCUCCACCGCCACGCCAACCACUCACCCCUCAUCACCACUAACAACAUGAUCACCAGCCUCACCAAGGUAGUGGCAACUCAGCGGGACCUUCUCAGAGACAUCAAGGCCCUGCAGACACUGGUUACCUCUGUGCUGCUGGAGGAGGUGGCAUAGUGUCCUGUUACUGCUGCUACUGUUACUAAUACUACUAAUGUGUUGAUGUGGAUGUUUAUAUUUUUGUUGUGUGUUUGGAGAGAGAGAGAGAGAGAGAGAGAGAGAGAGAGAGUUAUGAAAAAUCUUUGUUAUAAGUUUUAAAGAGAGUUAUUUGUCAGUCGAUCUGGUGUAGAAAGAGAGAGAGAGAGAGAGAGAGAGAGAGAGAGAGAGAGAGAGAGAGAGAGAGAGAGAGAGAGAUGAGAGAGAGAGAGA